GUUUUGGUCUGUAUUCUAUAUGUUUCUAAAAUUUUAUACACGACCUCAAUUAAACGUGCUUGGAUCAAAUACCAAAUUCAAAUACUUGCAUAUUUUUAAAACUGGAAUCGGGAAGUUCCCUCAUACUGUUUUUUAAUGUUAAUAUUAAACUUGCACUUUUAUAUUUGUACAUAAAUCAAUUUUUAUAGCACAAAUCGAAAUGUUUUCCUAAAAUUGGGUAAAUAUACCCGUUAUCUUUACAAUACGAAGAAAAAAUAUAUGUUUAACUGUUUUAGUUUUUUAUUACAGAUAAACUGUUAUUUAAUAUAUAAAUACGAAACAGAUAUCGUAAGUGCUUCGCGUGAUUAGAAAGCUGAAUUCAAACAAAGUGAUAUGAUAUAAUUUAAACUAAGUGCUUUACUUUUAAUGAUAGUAGCGGGAACCACGCGUAGAAUUGCUGGGGUGUUGGUAGCCAGACAGAAAGUGAGUUUUAAGUUAACUCAAUUAGCGCUUGUAUAUAUUUAUAAUAAUAUUAAUGUACAUAUGUAUAGAUGUAAAUGUAUAUAGAAGUUUUUAGUAUCUAAAUAUAUAUUUGUACGCCAUUAUUAUUAUGACUGUAUGUACUUUUAGCUGGGUGGUUGAAUUUCAGGGUUGUCCUAGUUUGUUAGUAUACAUACAUAGAUAGUUAAUUUGGCGCCACAUUUAAAAAUAAAAACAUCUAUGGAAGGACUUGUUCUACACUUUUGGGAAAAAUUAUUUUUGGACAGAAUUCUAAAAACGGCAAAAUGAAGAAAUACCCUCAGAAAAAAUAGCUUAACGAAGUCAUAUGUCAUUGAGCUCUCUAUUUACUACGGUACCACGAAGUUUGUAAUACCCAGAAGGAAGCAUCAGAGACCCUAUGAAAUAUAUAUUAUAAUAUAUGUAUAAACGAUCAGCAUGACAAGUUGAGUUGAUUUAGCCUUGUACGUUCGUGCAUCCGUCCGUUUCUCUGUAUAUACGCGAACUAGUCCCUCAGGUUUUGAGAUAUCGAUCUGAAAUUUUGCACACGUCGUUUUCUCCCAAAGAAACUGUUUUUUUGCCGCACCCGCCAAUAUCGGACCACUAUAACAUAUAGUCGCCAUACAAACUGAACGCUCGGAAUAAAGUUCUUGUAUGAAAAACUUUUUUAUUUGACAAGAUAUCUUCACGAAAUUCGACAUGGAUUAUUGUCCAAAAUAAUCCGAAAAAAUUGUUGAGAUCGGACUGCUAUUCUGCAUAAGUAGCUGCCAUAUAAACUGACCGAUCAAUAUCAAGUUUCUUCUCGAUAAAUUUAUGUAUUAGCUUAUCGACGGUAUUUUGUUAAUUAAGUCUUAAGCGGUUUUAUCUACUUGUGAAAUUCAAAAAAUCCCUUUUUUUAUAGAAUGUGCAUAUAUUCUCCAACCUUCUUUGUAUAUUUGUCAAAUAAUGUUCGAUUUUUUGAUAAUAAUUUCGAUUUGUAAGCCGCUCUGAAAUUUACAUUUUGUUACAAAAACAUUCUUGAACGUUGUCGUUGAUUUUUUUUUAUUUUGGGUGAGUUAUGAGAGGCAGAGCAAAACUACUUUUUUCCGAAAUGCUCAGAGUAAUUUCUAAUAAAUAUAUUUUUACUGUGUCGUCACGGUUAAUUCGUACAAAAAUAUGCUAUGAUCAUGAUAAAUUAUAGUUUUGUAGUUAAAUUUACAAACAUACAUACAUGUCUAUGUACAUAUAUAUAUAUAUAUGUAUAUACAUAUAUGUAAAUGCCUUGAAUAGGCAACUGCGCAUGAAGAAAGUUACAUCAUCGUCUUGAGAAGUUAAUCAAGCGCAGCCGGAGUAUCUUCCACACACACACACACACAUACACCUAAUACACAUGUAUUAUAGAAGCUUCGAAUUGAGAAAUUUAAGCAUUUCAUCAAAUUACUACUUGUACUUGCGACUAGAUGCGUCAAAUCAAAUCGUGUCUAAUACUUAUUUGUCGCUUGUUGUAGGCGUUGGCAUUUUUUCAACGCCUGCUGUGACUGUUGCUUAAUUGGUUGUUAACUAUUAUAGUAAACCGGUGCAGGCUGCAGUGCAUUAAGUGCUCAUAAAGCAACGAAACUUGCACUAUAAUCAUAUCAAUUGCAGUGUGAGUGUGUGUGUUGUUCAGAAAAUAUUAAGAAAACGUGUUGUGAAGUGUUUAGAAAAAAAAAAUUACUUGUGAGCGAGUGCAAAAAAAUAAAUAAAAAAUAAUAGAAAUUUAAACAAAUAAAUAUAUAAAAAUUGAAAAAAAAACUAUACUAGAAAAAAGUAGCAACAAACUGUCUAGAAGUGUAUUUAUUUCAGUGUUUUAAAAAUGUUGUGAAAUUAUUUGUUUUUGUGCAACGUGGAAUAUAUUGUCUAGUUGCUUUCAGUUGCUUUGUGCGGUGGAAAACAGCAUUCGCAAUUUCUACACUAUUGAGAUAAGCUAAAAGGGCGCAUGCUGCAACGCGCUUGCACAAGCCUCGCUCACGCACAUCUAUUUUACGCUUUAAGGAAUGCCGUCAAUAACCAGCGAGCCUGCAGAGUUCUACAUGCGUAUAUACAUACAUAUGUAAUUCAAUUAUCUUUAGUGCGAUAAGGCGAUAAAAAAUAUUUUGCGCCGACGACAAUACCACUAAACAGCUGCUGCUGAAAUGCUGUCAGCACAACGUGUUGCAUGAUCUCCACCAAAGCGUAUCCAGCUAAACACCGUUACCUUCCAAUAGCAUUUACUUUAACCUACAUAUAUUCCUACAUACAUAUAUGUUUGUAUAAUGCCCGAGCGACGGCCAACCAUACAUCCAACGGAUGCAGAACGUUUACUCGGCAUUUUUCUAGCGCUCAUCGUGCUCUCACCCUUUGCAGGCGCUUGCUCAAGUCGUGCCAUACAGAAACCGGCAGCACCGCCACCGCCCUUACCAACGGCCGCACCAUCCGAAGCGGCGGCGUCCACUACGCCGCGCCCCAACAUUACAUUCCCCAUCUAUAGCUGUCCGCCAACAUAUGCCGCCUGGUAUUGCCUAAAUGAUGCCACAUGUUUUACGGUUGAAAUUCACAAUGAAAUACUUUACAAUUGUGAGUGUGCCACCGGUUUUAUGGGUCCGCGUUGUGAGUAUAAAGAGAUCGAUGGCUCAUAUUUGCCGACACGUCAACGUGCUAUGCUCGAGACGGCCAGUAUUGCGAGUGGUGCCACAUUAGCGCUGCUCGUUGUGGUCAUACUAUGUCUAAUGUGGUAUAUACGCUAUGAUAAGCAACGGCAAAAGUUGAAUGAGAGCGCCGAAGCGGCACACGACAAUGAGGGGCUCGACCAAGUGGACGGUAUGACGCGUCUACCAAUGCGUCGACCAUUCGGUGAACACCACUACAAAACUUUACCAUUAGCUGCAGCCUUUAAGCGUUAAUUUAGCUACUUACAUACAUAUUUAAUGAGAUACUGAAAUUCAUAGUUGACUAGAGUAUGCAGUACAGUCCAAGAGCAUAUAUUUAUGGAUGCGCGACUAACUUACAACUGGCAGCUAAACGAUAUAUGGGGAAAUUGAUUACCAGUUUACAACGCUAACGGCUACUAGAAUUACUAAGCAUAAUGAGCACGUGUUGGAAGAGCAGUGAAGCACAGAAAAGACAAAGAAAUGCGUUGAAAGACAUGCUAAUGCAUUUUAAUGCCAUUUAAUUCACACCAGUUUUGUUUUUAAAGUUUUUUUUCUUGUAACCAAAAGCGUUGGACAAUUUCAAACUCUGUGGAGUUUUUUAUUUAAUUUAAUUUAUUUUUUAUUGUUUAUUAUUAAAAAAAAUGUACAUACAAAUAUGUAAAAUUAAUUUAUAUUGCGCAGCAGGAUUUUGAAAAUCGUUAAAUUUUUAAUUUUGACCGUUAAAACACAAAAAAUUGUGCCAUAAAGCAGAGAAAAACGUAUUCUAUUUUUUUGUUAACCAAUUGCGACUAAUUACGAUUGCUUUCGGCAUCUUUUAGGCGCAUUUACAUUAUUUUUCUAUUUACUGCUUAAAUACAGGAAUUUUAAUUAUUAUUUUUUGUUUUAUAAAAUCGCAUUGCAGUUGCAAAUACUUCAAAAGCAUGCAUUUGGUGUUGCUGUAACUGACCUUGAGACAUUGUAAACAAUUAUUUUCAUAAAAUUGCCAAAUUCACAGAGGAAGCAGUUGUCUAAGUAACGCUAAAAAAUCAAUCUUAUAUAUACUAAGUUAAAAAUGUCUCACACACUCCAGUGUACGCGGUUUUUUUAAACGCCAAAAAUUGCCUUAUUAAUGUUUAAACAAAACGCCGAAAAUAAAAAACCACUAAAAAUACCUAA